GCAUGGAGAACGUACUCCCAACACAGUAUAAGCAGCUCACCUGUUGUGUUUGUGUGUGCAGAGUAUGUCAAUGCCAAAGACAUCCCCACAGACAUGAAGUCCAUCACAGACCGGGCGGCUCAGACUCUGCUGUGGACGGAGCUCUUCAGAGGUCUUGGCAUGACAAUGAGCUACCUGUUUAGAGAGCCCGCCACCAUCAACUACCCGUUUGAGAAAGGGCCCCUGUCCCCCCGCUUCAGAGGAGAACACGCACUGCGCAGGUAUCCUUCAGGAGAGGAGCGCUGCAUCGCCUGCAAGCUGUGUGAAGCCAUUUGCCCUGCACAGGCCAUCACCAUCGAAGCAGAGACUCGUGCUGACGGCAGCAGGAGGACGACUCGCUACGACAUCGACAUGACCAAAUGCAUCUACUGCGGCUUCUGUCAGGAGGCGUGUCCUGUGGAUGCCAUCGUAGAGGUGGGUGUAUAAUCCUGACGAUGUGUGACACACA